AUGUUCAGUCUUGUCCGGCGCUGGGGCACCAUGUUGCCCGCCUUGUCACGCGCCCAGACCGUGUCCACGGUCUCCGCCGCAGCAACUUUAGCCACUCUGGCUGCAGACGACAUGACAGACUUGGAGAAGAAAGACGCCAUCUAUCGCAGACAGCGGAAACUAGCCAUGGCACAAGUCAAGGUGAAGUCGUAUGCCAACGGCCACCUCCAGCCUGGUCUGACGCACUUCAAGAAGCCCAUCCACGACCAUCUUCACAAGGGGCCUCCCUUGCGCGAGUUGACCGUGGCCAAGAAGCAAACGGCAGGGCGUAACAACACAGGCCACAUCACGAUUCGAGGUAGAGGCGGUGGCCACAAGAGAAGAGUGCGGUUGGUGGAUCUGCACCGGCUCACGGGCGGCCGGCAGACGGUUGUGCGGAUCGAGUACGACCCCAACCGGUCGGGCCACAUUGCGCUUCUCAAGCACAACGAAACGGGCGACUUGUCGUACAUUUUGGCGUCGUCGGGCUUGCGUGCCGGCGACGUUGUGGAGUCCUUCAGACCAGGGCUUCCGGCCGACUUUUUGCGCGAGAUGGAGGAGAACAACAACGGCGAGAUCGACGAGGCCUUGUUGAACCUGAGAAUCAUGCAGCGUGGCAACUGUUUGCCCUUGCACAUGUUGCCUGUGGGCUCGAUCAUCCACAACAUCGGCUUGCAUCCCAACGGCCGUGGCCAAUUGGUCCGUGCCGCAGGUACGUUUGCCCGGUUGUUGUCGAAGCACCCGGCUCAGGGCAAGGUGAUUGUCCGCUUGAGUUCGGGCGAACACCGCUACGUCAACAUGAAAUGCCACGCCACGCUAGGUGUUGUGUCCAACAAAGAGCAUCAGGCCACCUCUUGGGGUAAGGCGGGUAGAAGCCGGCACAGAGGUUUCCGUCCACAAGUGAGAGGUGUGGCCAUGAAUGCGUUUGACCAUCCGCACGGUGGUGGCCGAGGCAAGUCCAAGUCCAACAAGGUGUCGCAGUCGAUGUGGGGCCUCAAGAAGUUUGCCAAGACACGGAAGUUCAAACGCGUGAACCGGUGGAAGGUCCAAGACAGACCCAGACGGUGA